AUGCCGGAAAAGCUUCGCGGUUUAACAGACGGUUACGUUAAAGUUGGAGACAAGAUGAAUGGAGGUCACCUCAAGAGGAAGAAAAAGUUCAAGUUUUAUCAGCGUAAAAUUUCCAACUAUGUAUGUACUAAGUGGAUGUUUAUUGUGGUGUUGCUGCUGAUAUGGUUAGUUUGGUUGAUUUGGUAUUUGUCUGUGAGAAGCAAACCUCAUCCUCAAAGUUAUGGUGAGCUGGUUUUGAUACCAACAGAAUUAGCCAAUGAGAAGGGAGCUUAUUGCCUUGAUGGUACUCCACCCGGAUAUUACUUCAGGAAAGGUCAUGGAGAUGGUGAAAACUCUUGGAUUGUCUACUUGCAGGGUGGUGGCUGGUGUUGGAAUGUAUCAGACUGCUAUGCCAGAAGCAACACAGAAUUGGGCUCCUCAGCCUACUUUAAUUUAACCUACCCAUUUGAAGGUUUUCUGUCCAGUUGUGCUAAGUCUAAUCCUGAUUUCCACAAUUGGAAUGUGGCUUAUCUUGCAUACUGUGAUGGUGCAUCUUUUGCUGGUAAUCAGCCUGUUCCUACUAAGUAUGACGGAAAUGAAAUUUUCUUCCGCGGGAAGAGAGUAUUAGACUUAUUACUGGACUAUCUUAUGGAUCAAGGUCUGCGCAGUGCUGAUAGGGUUAUAUUGAGUGGGGUGUCUGCUGGAGGUCUUGCAGUAUAUAUACAUGCUGAUUAUAUCCGAAGUAAAUUCCCACCACAAACAGCAUUUCAUGCGUUCCCGGAUGCGGGUUACUUUCCCAACAUAAGAAAUGCCACAAACUUUGAACAUAUCAAGAUAUCAUUCCAAAGAGUGUACAAUUUGCAGAGAGUCCAAGAUAGUUUGAAUGCCGCUUGUUUAGCAGACCAAGACAGGAACAGCAAAUGGAAGUGUUUCUUUCCCCAGUAUACAUAUCCAUAUAUUACAACACCCAUUUUUGUACUCAACUCUGCAUACGACUACUGGUCACUCUGGUUUAUUAUGAAUGUACGCUGUUAUAUAUCUGACUGUGACGCAAAAGGUAUAUUCUACUACAAACACUUCCAUGAUCAAGCCUUUGAGAUUACCCAGCUGAUCUACAAGUCUAGUAAAGACGGUAUCUACGUGACUUCCUGUUAUGCCCAUUCUCAAGCUGUUUUUGACCAUGAAUGGACUGGGUAUGUAGUUAAUGGAACAACCCCUGCGGCGGCAUUUGGUGAUUGGUAUUUUGGCCGUAAAACUGUACAGCAAUCAAAGUACUGGGACUGUGCAACACCAGCCUGCAAUCCUACGUGUGACUGGAGUUUGGAAUACUAUAAGAGUGUUACUGGACGUCUUGGCCGAUUUGACUUCUUUAUUUAA